GAUGCCUCCGUGACGUCAUCGCAGCUCUCCAGCCACGCGCAGAGGGGGAGCGAGUGUAAUAAACCCGGGCGGAGUGUGAAGAUGUGAACACAUGAGAAAACUGUUCAGAGAAUGCACCGUGCACAGCAUCGUCUUCACUCGGAUGUUGUUUUGGAAAGCAGAGGUCUGGUGAAUAUGAGGAUGGAUAUGGUGGAUAUGAAGCGCCCCCUGCUGCUGCAGCUGCUGCUGCUGCUGCACCUCGUGCUCGAGAGUCAGGCUCUGCGAUACAACAAUUACUACUAUCAGGACUUAUCACCUGAUGGCAAUGGAAACGGAGAGAUAUACUUCAGUGGUGUGCGUCUUCACGUGGAAUCUCCACAAACUUUGGUGUCUGCUGUACAAGGAGGCAACGUGACUCUUCCGUGUGUGUACCGGUACGAGCCGGAGGUCAGUGCACCUCGCAGGACAAGGGUGAAGUGGUUCUGGCAGCCGAGCACAGGUGAAGCCAAAGAGCUGCACGUGAUUGUGGCUUUGGGUUCCCGCCACAGGAGUUAUGGCGACUUCAGGGGUCGCGUGCGUCUGCGUCGGAGCACUCCAGGCGACGCGUCUCUGGUCAUCAACCCGCUGCUGAGUGAUGACACAGGGCGCUACCGCUGUGAGAUUAUAGACGGCCUGGAGGAUGAGAGUGUCACCGUGGAGCUUCAGUUUCGGGGUAUAGUGUUCCCAUAUUACUCUCCCAUGGGUCGCUACCAGUUUAACUUCCAGGAAGCUAAAGAGGCAUGUGAGCAGCAGGGUGCUUGCCUGGCCACCUUUGAGCAGCUGUUUACAGCCUGGGAUGAAGAAAAGCUUGACUGGUGCAACGCCGGCUGGCUGGCUGAUGGGACAGCACAGUACCCUGUAUCAGUGCCUCGAGAUGCCUGUGGUGGUACUGAACUGGCACCAGGUGUCAGGAGCUAUGGCAUACGCCACAAAACCAUUGACCGCUUUGAUGCAUUCUGCUUCACUUCUUCAAUCAGAGGUGAGGUUUACUUCCUGCAGCACCAGCUCAAGCUGAACUUCUUUGAGGCAGUGGAGGAAUGUGUGCAGGAUGGUGCUCAGAUUGCUAAAGUGGGUCAGCUGUACGCAGCGUGGAGGUUUACGGGGUUGGAUCAGUGUGAUGCUGGGUGGGUGGCUGAUGGCAGCGUGCGUUACCCCAUCACCAAACCCAGAGCCAACUGCGGCCCACCUGAACCUGGUGUGCGGAGCUUCGGCUUCCUGCCCCAGCAUUUAAAAUAUGGAGUUUACUGUCACAAAGUCAGAUGGUAAGAUUCUGACACAACUGUGGUCAUCAAUUUAAAAUUCAGUCAACAAAAAUGUGAAUUCUGGCAGAUGAUGUAUGCUUUGAUGAUUCACCUUCUAAUUCCUGUAAUACAAAUGAAGGGUGUCAGAACUGUUCCUGUGAAUCUGCAAGCAGUUUAGUUUUGAUUAAAUGGACUGAUUUGUCUCCCACUAUUACAUUUCCUGAUUUUAUAUAAGUAGAUUUAGGCAUUAAACCAAGUGUCACUCAGGGAAUAGGUCUGCAAAAACUGCCCAUGGUAAAUUCUCUCACAUCAACUAAACCAAUGGACCUUCACUGUGUAAUACAUACAGUGUGUUCAGCUAUCACAUGUACUACAGGCAUGUAAUAUAUGUGCAUAUAUACACCAUCUUUACAUUAAAUUUCACAUACAUAUAGAUGCAACAAAGCAAACCAUAAUGGAAGGUAUUUUUUUCCCAAAGGUCUGUGAUAUAUUUUUGCUCAAAUGACAGAAAGCUUUGCAUAUGUAGUAUCUUACAUAUAGUCACUUGUUUAAUUUCACUAAGUGUAUUUAUGCCAUAGUCCAUGCAUGUAUACAGUCUAUUUUGUUUAAAGAAAAACAACAUGCAGAUGUCUUAUUAACUAUCAUUUUAGAUAAUAAAUGUUUUUUUUCCCCAAA